CUGGAAGCCGCCAACGGUCGAACCUUUUUUUCAUAGUCGGAGCGGUGAACAGCACCGCGCGAAAGAGACGAUGAGAUUACCAUUUCCUUCUUGAUCAAGACAUGAAGAUGGUUGUGGCUACCGAUGUGGUGGUGGCCAUCAACCAGACGGUGGACGUGAAGUUGGCAUACACGGUAUUGCCAUAUACCGCUCGCUGUGACCAGUCGGCAUCCAACAGCUGGCCGGGAGCGAGACAGCAUUGUGCAGUUGGAGUGUCUCGAUCAUUGCUUUCUCUGGCCUUCAGGUGUACACGUGAGCAAGCAAGAGCAGCAGGAGGAGGAGGAGGAGGAGGAGGAGGAGGAGGAGAAGGAAUGAUUCUGGCCUUAUCAGCCGCUCGCUGUGACCAUUCGCCACCCAACAGCUGGCCGGGAGCGAGACAGCAGUGUGCAGUUGGAGCGUCUCGAUCAUUGGUUUCUCUGGCCUUCAGGUGUACACGUGAGCGUGAGCAAGCAAGAGGAGGAGGAGGAGGAGGAGGAGGAGGAGGAGGAGGAGGAGGAAUGAUUCUGGCCUUAUCAGCCUCAGCCGGUGGUCUUCACUCCCCGGAGGGGAUUGUGAUCUGCAGACAUAUGGCAAGACCAGUAAGUUGUGGGAGAAGUUGGGGUAAUGUGCCAAGUCACCCAAGGUCAGCUUUGUUCUCUCAUGGUAGGAGUGUAAGAGAUGGCCGAAACUCCGAAACGGGGUUCGGGUCGGCAAAGCUUGAGCUCCCCAUCAGGUCCGUUCCGUCCGUUAACGAUGCACCUCAGUCUGGGAAGGGCACGCCACAGCUACCGGAAAGAGGCCUCAGUGGCAGUCCAUCUGGACCGCAGGAUCCAAAUGUGAGGUUACCUCUGGCCAGCCAGCUUGCUCUGCCAACUACUUCCUCUUUUCGUGCAUCAGCUGCCGGGGAGUCCGUCUCCGUCUUGUCAGGUGAGAGAGAGGCUGUAGAUGGCAAUGGAACCCCUGCUUCCAGCCUUGUGAACGCAGAGGCUGUGGGCCGAUUGCGUUCAGAUGAUGAGGUCGUUGUCCCCCCACAACAAGCCCCGGAGGAGUUGUCUUCCGACCCUUCGUCGGUGGAUGCUGCAUGUGCGGACAGAUUGUUGGCAAUGCCGGAGGAGGUUCCUGCAAGUAUGGCCCACGGGCAGAGGGAGGAGGAAGGCAUUGAGGGCAUCCCAAGGGAGGUAGAGUCAGCCACAGAUUCAAUCAAUUCUGCAGAGCCGUCGUCAUCAGCUGGAUCGCAUCGGGAAAAUGGAGAGGACGGUGCUGUUGGUGUUGCAGCGGAUGACGUAACUGAUGGAUGUGUAUCAUUGGAGAAUACCAGGGAGGAGAGUGGAACGAGUGCGCAGGACAUUCCCGCUGCACUUGGGGAUGGGGAAAAGGGGAUAAGGUGGAAAGAUGGGGGUGUUCAAGGAAGAGGAAAGAAGUCAUGGCCAAAAGAUAGAGGACGGCAAAGCGCAUGGUUGUCAUCUAUUUCGAGGCAGAAGCAGCGCGAGAGGACUCAGCAGGUGAGGCGACGUAAGGAUGGAGCCCAACAGUUUGUUGUGUUUGAAGGGAAAUCAUCUUUGGACAGCCUGUACAACGAAGAGAGGGAGGAAGAAACAAGGGAAGGAGGAGACAUAAACGGGACAGAAACAGCCAAAGACGAAGGCCUGAUUGGGGAUGCAGCCAGCCCCAUGGCGAAUGGAGAGUCUGCUCAAUCCAGUGGACAAUACCCUGAAAGCGAUCCUUCUACCAGAUAUGGAAGACCACGGCUCAAGAUCAAUCUGGACCUUGGUCUUUACAAAGCGAAAAGACUGCGGCAGCAACAGCGGUUCGAUGAGUCAGAGGAGAUUCUGUUAAAGUGCGUAAGGAACUUUCCCCAAGAUGGGAGGGCCUAUGUGAACCUUGCAAAGGUAUACCAAAAGACAGGCAGGGUGGAUGCAGCGCGCAAGAUCCUCGAGGAGGGGUGCCAGGCUCUAAAAGGCGAAAGCCCCUACAUCUGGCAGGCAUGGGCUGUUCUCGAGGAGAGGUGUGGAGACCUGGGCCAAGCAAGAAAGCUUUUCAGUGCAGCAACGGUUGCCGAUAAGCGUCACGCUGCUGCCUGGCAUGGCUGGGGAAUGUUGGAACUUCGUGAUGGAAACAUAAGCAAGGCCCAGAGUUUAUUUCUGAAAGGCAUCAAACAAUGCCCAUCGAACGAGUAUCUCUAUCAGUCGCUUGCACUCAUUGAGGCAGAUGCUGGCAAUGUGGAAGCUGCUAGAAACUAUUUUAUUCAGGGAACUCAAAACAACCCAAAGAGUGCAGCAAUUUGGCAGGCGUUUGCGUUGUUCGAGGAAAAACAAGGACGGAUAGAAUCUGCAAGAAGAAUGUUUCAGAGGGGUGCAGAAGCGAGUCCAAAGAAUCGCUACAUUUGGCAGGCGUGGGGAUUGUUUGAGGCGCGGCAGAAGAACAGAGCGAAGGCCCGUGAGCUGCUUGAGACGGGCGCUCGACUUAAUCGGAACGACCAUAUCUUACUUCAGGGUUGGGGAGUUUUGGAGCAGAAGGAAGGGAACAUUGCAGCUGCAAGGGAGUUGUUCAAGUGCGCCUUACGUGUCGAGAAUGCAAAUACGACAACUUGGCUGACAUGGGCAACAAUGGAAGAGAACCUUGGGAACAUAUUUCGAGCUGAGGAGCUCCGCAACUUAUGCGUGCAACAGCGCGUCGAUGUCGAUCUCAAGAAGGCAUCCUGGGAGUCCCAGCUGUCAGAACUGAUCAGGCCUGCUGUGGAUAAGUUGAAGGCAUUGUUUCAGCUGAGACCGAAUUCUUUAUCCGAUGACAGAAAUGAGUACUAUGUGGAUGAGAAUGGUGAUCUGAUCGAGUCGGCACGUGUUGACGUUGACCGAGUUCUUCGAACCGAUGGCGAGGAGCAACUGCAAGCUCUUAAUGCUCCAGGUGUCCUGCUGGAUGUGGCUGGUGAAAAGCAGGGAGUCGAAGGCAAUAAAGUAGCAAAAAGUACUCCACUCCAAGAAUUGUAAAUUUCAUUAACUCUUUGCGGCGAGCUCCUCGCUCCUCGCUCCUCGUUCUUGACACCAGCUCCUUAGCGUAGCGAAGGUGGGACGGUAACCCUCUCUCUCUCCAGCCAUCAUCCCAAUGUAUGUCGUCGUGAUUAGAAGAUAGAGGCGAAUACUUCGGGGAUUUUGCAAUCGCAGUCGAUACUGUCGAAUUUAAUUUAUGAAAACGAGUUAUCAUCCUUAGUGACGGUUGUCGGUUUGUCUUCUUUCUUCACAUUCCAUUUUCAAGGAAACAGGUUCGCAUAACGGCUAGCAAGUAGGGGCGUGUUUUCAACAACAACAACAAAAAAAAAAAAAACAGGUGUUAGCUAGCACUGACUGAAGGAAGCGUGAAUGCGGUGAAUUGAGGCAAAAUGUAAUGGUGUGUGUGUGUGUGUGGAGGAGAAGACUAAUGGUGUGUGUGAAUGCGGUGAAUUCCACAGGCAG